UCUUUUCAGAAUUUUGUACCAUCUCUGGGCAGGCAGACUUCCCUGACUACACUGGUGAUACCCGAAGCUGAGCAAAGUAUGGCUUACAAAGACUUUAUUUAUUUCACUGUCUUUGAAGGAAAUGUUCGCAAUGUUUCUGAAGUCUCAGUUGAGUAUUUAUGCUCUCAGCCUUGUGUUGUCAAUUUGGAAGCAGUUGUGUCAUCUGAGUUCAGAAGUAGCAUUCCUGUGUACAAGAAAAGGUGGAAGAAUGAGAAACAUCUUCACACCAGCAGGACACAAAUAGUACAUGUGAGAUUUCCAAGCAUCAUGGUUUACAGAGAUGAUUAUUUCAUCAGACACUCCAUUUCGGUAUCCGCGGUGAUACUACGCGCCUGGAUUACUCACAAAUAUAGUGGUGGAGACUUGAAUGUUAAAUGGGAGGAAAAUUUGCUUCAUGCUGUAGCAAAGAAUUAUACUCUGCUGAAGACAGUCCCGCCUUUUGAACGUCCUUUCAAAGAUCAUCAAGUGUGCCUUGAGUGGAACAUGGAUUAUAUUUGGAACCUUCGGGCAAACAAGAUUCCCCAGUGUCCUCUUGAAAACGAUGUGGUCACCCUCCUGGGCUUUCUCUAUGCCUCCAGUGGCGAAAACACGGGCAUCGUGAAGAAGUUUGCGAGGUUUCGGAACCGAGAGCUGGAGGCUACGCGACGCCAGCGGAUAGAUUACCCAGUGUUUACUGUUUCAUUGUGGCUUUAUUUACUCCAUUAUUGCAAGGCCAGUCUCUGUGGGAUUCUGUAUUUUGUCGAUUCUAAUGAGAUGUACGGCACACCUUCUGUAUUUCUUACUAAAGAGGGCCACUUGCAUAUUCAAAUGCACCUUGUCAAAGGAGAAGACCUUGCUGUAAAAACUAAAUUCACCAUGCCUUUGAAGGAGUGGUUUCGACUGGAUAUCUCUUUUAAUGGAGGCCAGAUAGUAGUAACCAUCACCAUUGAACAGGAUUUGAAAAGCCACCAUAAUCAGACCAUUAGCUUCCGGGAAGAUUUCCAUUAUAAUGACACGGCUGGAUACUUCAUUAUUGGCGGGAGCAGGUAUGUGACUGGCAUUGAAGGAUUUUUUGGACCCCUGAAGUACUAUCGCCUCCACACUGUACACCCGGAACAGAUUUUUAAUCCCCUCCUUGAGAAGCAACUUGCCGAGCAAAUCAAGUUAUAUUAUGAUAGGUGUGCUGAGGUUCAAGAAAUACUGUCUGUGUACACAUCCAGGGUCGAGCAGGACAGCGGGAGGCAAGAAGCAUGUGAGCUGCGGAACUCCUACCUGGACCUGAAGCACAGGUACGAGAGCCUCUCCACUUGCAGAGCCCUCCCCUGGGAGAAGGAGCUGAGAGACCAGCACCCCAGCUUGUUCCAGGCCCUGCUGGAGAUGCAUUUGUUGACAGUGCCAAGGAACCAAAAUGAAUCUGUAUUAGAAAUCGGUGGGAGUAUAUUUGAAAAGGCUAUAAAAAGGCUCUCCAGUGUGGAUGGUCUUCACCACAUUCGCUCUGUCAUCCCGUUUCUGAUGGAUUCCAGCUGCUGUGGAUACCACAAAGCAUCCUACUACCUCGCAGUCUUUUAUGAAACUGGAUUAAAUGUACCUAGGGAUGAGUUGCAGGGCAUGUUGUAUAGUUUGGUUGGAGGCCAGGGCAGUGAGAGGCUGUCUUCAAUGAAUCUUGGGUACAAACACUACCAGGGUAUUGGUAACUACCCCCUGGACUGGGAGCUGUCCUAUGCCUACUACAGUAACAUUGCUAUGAAGACUCCCCUUGACCAGCACACACUCCGAGGAGAUCAGAUCAUCGCCCAUGCUGGCCACGGGGGACUCAUCUUUGAUAACCCCCAUCCCAUCAUCCCAUCAGCUGUGAGAAUAUCGAGUGUUAAGUAUUUCACGGCCUUGGCCCUGGUUAAACCACCCCCAGCCAGGCGGACUCUCACUAGUGAGAGUGACAUUUUGUUUGUCUCUCUACAGACUCUCGCUGGUGAAUAUUUCCAUAAGGCUGCCCAAGGAGGACACAUCGAAGGAACUUUGUGGUGUUCCCUCUACUAUAUGACAGGCAACCUGGAGACAUUCCCUAGAGAUCCUGAGAAGGCUGUUGUAUGGGCAAAGCAUGUAGCUGAGAAAAAUGGCUACUUGGGCCAUGUCAUUCGCAAAGGCCUCAAUGCCUACCUGGAAGGCUCAUGGCAUGAAGCUUUGCUGUAUUAUGUUUUAGCAGCAGAAACUGGAAUUGAAGUGUCACAGACAAAUUUAGCACACAUCUGUGAGGAGAGGCCUGACCUGGCCAAGAAAUACUUGGGUAUUAAUUGUGUUUGGAGAUACUAUAAUUUCUCUGUUUUUCAAAUCGAUGCUCCUUCAUUUGCAUAUUUGAAAAUGGGAGACCUUUACUACUAUGGCCACCAAAACCAGUCACAAGACCUUGAGUUGUCUGUGCAGAUGUACGCCCAAGCAGCUCUGGAUGGAGACUCACAGGGGUUUUUUAACCUGGCCCUGCUAAUUGAGGAAGGUGCUACAAUUCCACAUCAUAUUUUGGAUUUCUUGGAAAUUGACCCAACUAUCCAUUCUGAUAACAUCUCCAUCCUCCAGGAGCUGUAUGAAAGGUGCUGGAGCCACAGUAGCGAGGAGUCCUUCAGCCCCUGCUCCCUGGCCUGGCUUUACCUUCACUUACGGCUUAUCUGGGGCACCAUCCUGCACUCUGCCCUGAUCUACUUUCUGGGAACUUUCCUGCUGUCCAUAAUGAUUGCCUGGACUGUGCAGUAUUUCCAGUCUGUCUCAGCCAGCGGUUCCCAGAUGACACCAGCCCAGACCUCCUCAGACCCAAGUGCUCCCCCUGCAAGUGCAGCUGGGACUCUAGGUGCAGACGCCUCUGCUCAGGACCAGCCCACAGUAGCCAAUAACCCAGAGCCACGUGGGUGAACUGGGCAUCCCAGGUCUCUCCAGAUGAGAGAGUCAUUUCAACAGCUGGUAUUGGAAAGCUGGGGACAGAGCAUUAUACUGAUCAAACACCUUAAAUGUCUUGUCAGCUGGAUGCGAAUUUUGUACUUGGUGUCUUUCUUUUUUUUUAAUCAAAUUACAAGGAAAUACCCAGAGCAGACAGAGGUUAUGCCAAAGGUUUUCAAAUACAAGGAACAUUCUGAUCAGAGGGGUGUGUCUGAAAGGUUAACUGGGUCAUUGCAGACACCCAUUCCUGGUGAUUGUGUGUGGGGAGUCACAGAUCACCCUGAGGCAUAUCCAAAUCCUUACACAGAGAGAUGUGUUUGAAGAAUUUAGCCCGAGUUUGUUGCCUUUCAUUAAAAAACAGAAAAUUGUGAUUUCUCUACCAGUCAGAUAAUAUUGCAGUACAUGUGUUUGCCACAGCCCUGCUCCUCGAAGUCCAAUCGACAGAUUUCCGUUUGACUUCCAAGACCCAGCAGUUCUAAGGCACCUUGAAAUAAAUAGGUUAUGGUUGGAAAUGCACAGAAGGUGAUAGCUUUGUAAAUGGGUUUACAUUUUUCUCCUUGAAUUUUUCUGGGGUCAUAGUGCUUCUGAAUCAUUUAAUGACACUGUUGGAUAUCAUUUACUUUUCAAAUGCAAUCCAGACAAUAACAUUUAGAAAAUCCUUAGUAUUUAACAGCAGUCUUCUCCAUGAAUUACCCAUUAGAAUAGACUGGCAGUAGUGGAAUAUGCAGGAAAAAAAGCCUUCAGCUCAUAGUCUCAUCCCCAUCCCUAUGCUUGCCUGUGUCUGGGGUGUGUGUGCGUGUGUGCGUGCAUGUGUGUGUGUUUGUGUGUGGAGACAGAGAGAGGGAGGGAGGGAGAGAGGAAGGAACAGCAGACUGUACACUAUAUGCUGCUAAGGUAGUAAAUAAACCAGUGAUGCAAUAUUGUGGGUCCAAACUACUCUUUGCACUACUUUAUUUACAGUAGUAAAUAAAAAUUAUUUUUAUACCAUUGA